AUGAGCCAAAGGCGUAAGUUGGGGGAGAUUUCGAGUUACGAGGGUGAAGGAGGUUGUGGUGAGAAUGAGAGUGGGAUAGACAGAUUUAGCGAUCUUCCGGAUCAUGUUGCACAUCACAUUCUUUCCUUCCUGGCUUUGCCGGACCUUAGUCGUGUGUGUUGUGUGUCCAAAAGGUGUGGGGAACUUUGUAUAUUUGCUCCUUCAUUGAAUUUUGAUGAGUUCCCCUCGGAUGCUAUGUCCACGUGUGGUGGGCGGUUGAAUUUGUUGACUUAUUUGGAGAGGUUCUUGUUUCAUGGUGGGGAUAAUAAGAUACAGUCGUUUCGUGUCCGUUGGGAACGUCAUUAUAUGGAUGAAGAUGCGACACCAUGUAUCUGUGAUAAUGAGCAUUAUCGAUUGAGCACGUGGAUCCAGAAUGCAGUAUGGUGUAAUGUUGAAGUGCUUGAUCUUAAGAUGAAUUUAUAUGAUACUGAGUUGAUGUGUUUGCCAUCUUGUGGGUUUCUCUGUGCACAUUUGUGGUCUCUGGUCGUAGACAUGACUAUUGCGGUCAUCAAGACCCCAUCUUCUGCCUUUUCCUCUAAUCUCAAGUACUUGGAGUUGAGGAAUGUUUAUAUAGAAGAUGAUGAUUUUUUCAAGUGGAUCUCACAUUCCUGCAAGUGCAUUGAGGAUUUACAUCUUGGUCAACUUCAUGGGGUAGAACGCAUCACCCUUUUAAGGCCAUCUUUGAAAAGGUUUAGUUUCAUUUGUGGCUCUCUGGAUCAUAUGAUGAGCCAUAUUAGUAUCUCAAGUGAGAAACUUGUGGACUUACAAAUUUGCUGGACAUUUGAUUCACCUAGCAACAAAUCCUUAAAUAUGGACGCCCCAAAUCUUAAAUGUUUCAAAUGGAUUGGAAAUUUGAUGAAAUACCCAAACCUGGGAAAGCUAGAAUGCUUAAAAACGGCUGCUGUUUGUCUGGUGCCUGAAGAAGAUGACUUGGACAAGGUGCAUGAGUUUCUUUGGAGUUUACGCAGGGCUCCAUCUCUUAUGCUAAAUGAAGUGGCCAUUAAGGCUUCAUUUAGGGAUGCAUCUGUGCCGGCUUCAUUGUAUGAUACUUCUUAUUUGUCUUUGAAUAUCAAAAGCUUUCCUGAUGACCUGGUCCCGGCAUUGGUCUGUGUCUUAAGAAGAACGCCUAAACUGAGUUUGUUAUGCAUACAGUCUGAACCACCACAGGACCCUCAAUCUAAUACAUUUGGGUAUAAUAUGGAAUACUGGAAGCUGCAAGACCUGGCUUUUACUAAUCAACUUAAGCAUGCUAUUAUAGAGCUUUGCCGUGGCUCUAAUGGAAUUGAGUUUGCAAAGUAUGUGCUCAAGUAUGCUCCGAAUAUGCUGAGAAUGGUUGUGAUUUGUUUGCCCGUAGAUCUGAAGGAAGUUACAACAAAAUUAAAGAAAAUCAGGAGGAUUUCAAAUGCUGCACUUGUCAUUCAGAAAAAGUAA